GCACCGCCCCGCACCGCCCCGCACCGCCCCGCACCGCCCGCGGCCUGAGGGGAGCGGCGCCGCACCGAGCUCCGCGCGAGGCGGAACAAAGGCCGCGCCCCUCCGCGGGCCCUUGCGGGGCGGUGCUGCCUCAGCACCAUGUCCGGCGUCAGGAGAGCGCUGGCCGAGAAGGACCCCGACUACGAGGACAUCGCGGUGGCGCCGCCCAGCAAACGGCACCGCGCCGCCGAGCAGUCAGCUCGAGAUAUUGCUGUGCAGAAGAUUGAGACCAUUAUCAAAGAACAGUUUGCCGUCGAAAUGAAGAAUAAAGAGCAUGAAAUUGAAGUUAUAGAUCAGCGCCUGAUCGAAGCAAGGCGGAUGAUGGACAAGCUGCGUGCCUGCAUUGUGGCCAACUACUACGCAUCUGCUGGGCUGCUGAAACCUGGAGAGGGGACCAGGUCAUGUGAUACCACCAUUCUUAAUCACCCUUCCAUCAAGAAGUUUCUGGAGUCUCCCUCUCGCUCAUCAUCCCCUGCUCACCAGGGCUCGGAUGCGCCAUCAGCCAACCACUCCGAGAGCGACUCUCUCUCGCAGCACAAUGACUUCUUCCUGGACAAGGACAAUGGCAGCCUGGAUGCGGACGAGCGGCUGGCAAACAGCCUGGACCAGAGGCAGAGCAGAAGUGCUAGCCGGGACAGUUUGGGUGUUUCUAUCUCCCAAAAACCAGGACAACGAAAUGCAGGGUUGUCCAACGAUGAGACGUCCCGGCUGUACGUGAAGAAAACGAUUGUGGUGGGCAACGUCUCCAAGUACAUUCCCCCUGACAAGAGAGAAGAAAAUGAUCAGUCGACCCAUAAAUGGAUGGUGUACGUUCGAGGCUCUCGGAGAGAACCCAGCAUAAAUCAUUUUGUCAAGAAAGUUUGGUUCUUCCUACAUCCCAGUUACAAACCAAAUGACCUGGUUGAAGUAAGGGAACCUCCGUUCCACCUGACCAGGAGAGGCUGGGGAGAAUUCCCUGUGAGAGUCCAGAUACACUUCAAGGACAGCCAGAACAAGAGGAUUGAUAUCAUACACAAUUUGAAGCUGGACAGGACUUACACCGGCCUGCAGACGUUGGGCGCAGAAACGGUAGUGGACGUGGAGCUGCACAGGCAUUCCCUUGGCGAGGAGUAUCUCUUUUCUCACUCUUCUGAAUCGGACCUUUCUGAUGCUCCAGCAUCUUUACCGUUGCCAUUGAGCAUCCCAGCACCAGUUAAAGCUUCUUCACCAAUUAAACAGUUGCGGGACUCCAGCCCGGAUGCUUCUGUUGACAAAGGAUUCCCUGGGAAUGCUGAAAGUGAAAGACAUGCCACGUUUUAUUCCCUGCCAUCUUCGAUAGAACGGACUCCCACCAAAUUAGCCACACAGAAAGUUCCCUUUGGCUCUCAUGGAAAUUCAGCCUUUCAACCCAUUGCAGCUAGCUGUAAAAUAGUGCCUCAAGGUCAGAUUCCAAGCCCUGCAGAGUCGCCAGGAAAGUCCUUCCAGCCUAUCACCAUGAGUUGCAAGAUUGUAUCAGGUUCUCCAAUAUCGACCCCUAGUCCAUCUCCGCUACCUCGUACCCCAACCUCCACUCCGGUGCACAUGAAGCAAGGCUCUGCUAGCUCAGUCAUUAAUAAUCCAUAUGUUAUUGUGGACAAGCCUGGACAGAUGGUUGGAGCAGCAGCCACAAGCACAGGAAGCCCCACCAGCAAGCUGAGCAGUGUUUGUCAGGCCUCUCAUGGGGCUGGGUCUCCUGUACCGAAGAGCCAUGGGAGCAGCUUUGUGACCUCAACUGUCAAGCAGGAGGAUUCCCUGUUUGCCACCAUGCCACCUCUUUGUCCUAUUGGGAGUCAUUCCAAGGUGCAAAGCCCCAAAUCAGUCACUGGAGGACUUGGAGCUUUUACAAAGGUGAUAAUAAAACAGGAGCCAGGAGAGCUGCCCCAGCAACCCCAGGCGUCGGCAGCAGGGCUGACCACACAGACCUCUGUGCAGCAGUAUGUCACGGUAAAAGGAAGCCACAUGUUGGCCUUGUCACCGCAGAAGCCAGCUGUGAGCACGAGCGAGGGGACAGCACAGUCCAAGGUUGUUGGUGUUCCAGUUGGUUCUGCUUUGCAGUCAACAGUGAAGCAGGCAGUGGCUAUCAGCGGUGGCCAGAUACUUGUGGCAAAGUCUGGUUCUUCAGUGGCAAAGGCUGUUGGUCCAAAACAGGUUGUGACUCAAGGUGUAGCCAAAGCCAUCGUGAGUGGAGGUGGAGGAACAAUUGUAGCUCAGCCUGUGCAGACUAUAACAAAGGCGCAAGUUACUUCCACGGGUGCUCAGAAAAGUACAUCACAAGGAUCAGUGAUGGCUACACUGCAGUUACCAGCCACCAACUUGGCAAACUUGGCUAACUUACCACCGGGCACCAAACUGUACCUCACCACCAACAGCAAGAAUCCUUCCGGCAAAGGAAAACUUCUUCUCAUACCCCAGGGAGCCAUUCUGCGAGCCACAAAUAAUGCUAGUCUCCAAUCUGGUGGUUCUACAAAUAGUGGAGGAGGAGGAGGAACCCAAAGUACAAGCAGUAACUUGUCCCAGCACCUCACCUAUACAUCCUACAUCCUGAAGCAGACACCCCAGGGCACGUUCCUGGUUGGUCAGCCUGCUCCUCAGAGCUCUGGGAAGCAACUCACUCCAGCAUCGGUUGUUCAGAGCAAUGUAGGAGUUGGAACAUCUUCAACACAAGGACAAGCAUUAAAAGUAAUAACUGGACAGAAAACUGCUUUAUUUACACAGGCUACAGCCAGUGGACAGACAUCACUGAUGAAAAUAUCAGAUGGGUCUCUGAAAUCGGUGUCUGCCUCAUCCCAGCUCUCCAAACCUGGCACCACAGUGCUGAGAGUGUCGGGCGGUGUCAUCACCACGGCUGCUACUCCUGCUGUGGCCCUUCCCACAAAUGGGGUGGCCCAGCAAAUAGAUAAUGUAGGUUCUGGUUUGUCAUCUUCUGGAGCUCCUACAGCAAAAACAUCUGGACAGCAACACCAAGUCUGUAUAAACCAGACCCAGUCUGCUUCAUCAGCAGCGAGCAAGACUUCUACUGUUGUAAGUGUUGCUUCUCUGGUGACUACACCAACACCUGUGACUGGAAAAGCUGCAGUAUCAGGGUUGCUAAAAAUCCACUCAAAUCAGUCUAGUCCACAGCAGGCUGUUCUGACAGUUCCCAGCCAGCUUAAACAGCUCGGUGUAAACACAGCUUCUGGAGGUGUUCAGACAAUACUCAUGCCUAUGAACAAAGUGAUACAGUCGCUUUCUACCAGCAAAGUUUCAGCUGUGACAGCCGUCACGUCAGCAAGUACAGCUGUCUCUAGUAUGUCCGUGGCAUCCAUCACUAAAGUUAAGAUGGAGCCUGAUUCCACAGGACAGAAUUGCACCUCUGUGGGUACUCAGGAAGGGCAAGCGACAGUGAAAACAGAAGAGAAUUCAGAACUCGGGAACUACGUUAUCAACAUAGAAUACUUGGAGAACACCCAGCAGCUUUUAACAGCCAUAGUGAAGAAGGUUCCAUUAAUUGCUGAAAAAAGUGAAGAUGUAAGCUCUUAUUGUGCCGGUUCAGUGGAACAGUAUUACAGCUGGAAUAUUGGGAAGAGGAGGGCAGCUGAGUGGCAACGAGCACUGACCGUGAGAAAGAUUCUUCAGGAGAUCAUAGAGAAGCACCCCAGGUUUCACAGCAUCGCACCCCUGAAGACGAAGCAUGUGGUGCAGUGGUGUCGAUUCCAUGGCUACACUCCUCCUGACCCCGAGACCUUGCGGAACGAUGAGGAUUCCAUUGAAGAUGUGCUGACACAGAUAGACAGUGAGCCAGAAUACCCUUCAUCUUACAGCAGUGGUGAGGAGCUGUGCCAAAAACUAGAGGAACUGCAGCACUUUCUGAAACAAGAACCUGAGCAUGAAGAGGAAGUAGAUGUUCUCAACUUCAAUGAGCCUUUAAAACUAAACAUUAAGAAAGAACAGGAGGAGAAACAAGAGGAAAUGAAGUUCUAUUUGGCUUCCUUGCCUGCAUCAGAGUUUGUGAGAGACACAGCAGAGAAGAUAGGGAUUUCCUUUCAGCCUGCCGAGGUACAAAGGAACGUUUAUGCAUCAGUCAUAGAAGACAUGAUUUUAAAGGCCACUGAACAGCUAAUGAGUGACAUUCUGCGGCAAGCGCUGGCAGUGGCGUACCAGACAGCUCCUCACAACAGGACUCCAAGAGAGAUCACAGUGAUGAAUAUUCACAAAGCCAUCUGUAAUAUUCCCUUUCUUGACUUCCUCACAAACAAACACAUGAAGAUACUAAAUGAGGAACAAUGAAAGAGAGCAGAGAAGAUGCUACUGGAAAGGUGAAUUUAUGACUGAAGCUGGGCUGACAAAUCCAGUGGGACACUAUUGUAUACAUUUAUAGCAUCGGGCUACUAUCUUGUUACCUCCAAUUAAAGAUGCACCUUAAUGCAACAAAGUGAUGCUCUGUUCCAAAUCGAGUUGUUAAAUGUCGGUGUUUACUUGGUAAGUGUACGUUCAGUGGCUGAACAAACAUUGUCAGUUUGCAUCAAGCUGCAGGCUGUGAGAGGCUCCGUGCUCCUGGGCCCUCUGACAAGAGCUGUACUGAUGAGAUUAAACUUCUUUCUUUUCUUUUUAACAUUCAGUGUCUGUGGGCUUGGACUGGCUGAAACCUUUGCUUGCUCAGCAAGUACCCCCCCAGGCUGCUGUGAAUUUUGGAAGGCAUGUGCCCAGCUUGGCCUUGCUGCUCUGACAGCAUUCACUAACAGCCAGCUUGGAUUCUCAAGUGUCCCUUUGGCUGAAGUUCUGCCAGAUUCACAGAAGCCUGAUGAGGUCAAAGAAAUCAGAGCUUUGUUGCUUGUGGGAACCUCCUCUGAUGACCUGACUGCAAGGAAGUUCUGCUGCUCGUGCAAGGGCUUCCGUGUCUCAGGAAUGUCACUGCUGUAGGAGACAUGUCUGCAGGCUGGAUCAUGACACCUUUCUCAAGAAGGCUUUGAGAACAACAUGCAGACUGCCCUCCCCCACUCACUGCCCCUGUGUCCAGCCCCAUGGCUGCUUGCUCAUAGUGUGAGUAAGCCAUUGCAGCUUGGUGGGACUCUUGUUGGACUGUCAUGCUCUCAGGUGUGUGAGGCAGCAUUGUCAAGUGGGUGCAACAUGGGUCAAGCAACCUGAGCCUCCAGUGUUCUGAUCUCAGCUGGGUCACUGGCCUGCUGCAUGGCCUUUGAUUUAAUCACUCUGUGCCUCCGUUUCCCCACCUCUUGAGCAUGGGGAGCAGGAUAACCUACCUCACAGGGAUGUACUGAGGCCUCUCGCUCCUGUCGGUGCCGUGCUUUGACAGCACAAAGCCUUUAAUAAACAUUAAACUGCAUUUAUCUUUUCUGGCCUAGCGUGGGAACAUAAAUCUUCAAAGUGUUGCCUUCUGGUGCUUUUCUGGGGCUAGAAGAUGGGCCGUGGUAAUGCCAGCUGUGUGCAGGAACUGUGGAUAGAACAUGGUUCAGUUGGGUGGUGAUCUUGGGCUGCCAAGGGGAGCUGACAGGUGGGUGCAGUUCUGGAUCUGUAGAAGGUGCUGUGUGCCUCAGAUGAGAUGCUGCGUGUUUUCUCUGUCCUGGAUGAAGUGUUGAUACUGUCUGAGCUGUGAAGGGAGAAAUGCAGGGAGCUGGGGCUGCUGGCCCUGUGCUGUUUCUAAGCUGUUGUGAGCCCCAAGACCAUGCUGUGACCAGCCUCCUUGGGUACGGCCUUUACAAAAGGGUGUUUUGGAGCUGUCUGUCACUAUUGCUAUGAUGGGAUGUGUAGGAACAGCCUUGCCGUGCUUGGAUCUGCUGCAGUGACGCAGUGCGUUCCCAGCCCCCGGCUCCUGUGGGCUUUGCUCUGAGAUUUCAGUGUGCUCAGAGCAGCUUUUGAGAAGCCUCAGUGUGGGCAUGUUUGCAAAUCGUGGUGUCCUCGCCCAUGUCCUGCUGUUCUGCAAAGAGCUGUAUCAGCGUGGGAGGUGUGGGGCAGCCCUGCAGCACUGUGCUGCUAUAGCAGAUUGCUGCUGAGAUGUUCCAGAGCAACCACGGGCUAUUCUGUUGCAUUAAUAAUGGAUAGCAUUUGCUGAAGAGAAAUAAAACCUGUUAGAAAAUAACACAUUUCUCUCAGUGCUUUGGAUGUAGGAGAUGUUUGCAGUCUGUCCUUUGAAAAGCAGGGGGAGGAAAAUCUCGUCAGCGAGAAGUGCCUGUGUGAGUGGCUUGGGGUGGGGGCACAAGUGAGAGACCUCUCUUCAAACAUUGCCCCUUCGUAAUGCUGAGUGUUGGAAUCCUUCAUGUUACCUGUAUUAUACUGUAUAAUUAUGUAAGAUACGUAUGUUUACAAUAAAUUCUUUUAUUAGCUGUGA